AUGAUAUCAUUAUAAAGAAGGAAAAAAAUGAGAAAUUACACGCAGGUAACUGAAUUUAUUCUUCUUGGAUUGACCAAUGACCCCCAAUGGCAGGUUGUACUUUUUGUAUUUCUUCUUGUUACCUACAUGCUAAGUGUCACUGGGAACCUGACUAUUAUAACCCUCACCCUUUCAGAUCCCCAUCUGCAAACUCCAAUGUAUUUCUUUCUUCGGAACUUCUCCUUCCUUGAAAUAUCAUUUACAUCGGUCUGUAUUCCCAGAUUUCUUGUCACUAUUGUGACAGGGGACAGAACCAUUUCCUAUAAUGGUUGUGUGGCCCAGCUAUUCUUUUUCAUCUUCCUGGGAGUGACAGAAUUUUAUCUUCUGGCUGCCAUGUCCUAUGACCGCUAUGUGGCCAUCUGCAAACCCCUGCACUACAUGACCAUCAUGAGCAGCAGGGUCUGUAUACUGCUUGUUUUUAGUUCCUGGCUUGCAGGAUUCUUGAUCAUCUUUCCACCAAUCAUUCUACUGCUGCAGUUGGAGUUCUGUGCUUCCAAUAUAAUUGAUCAUUUUAUCUGUGACUCUUCUCCUAUUCUGCAGCUUUCCUGCACCAACACUCAGUUUCUAGAACUCAUGGCAUUUUUUUUAGCUGUGGUAACACUAAUGGUCACCUUAACAUUGGUUAUUCUCUCCUACACAUAUAUCAUCCGCACAAUUCUGAGAAUUCCUUCCACAAGCCAAAGGAAAAAAGCCUUCUCCACUUGUUCCUCCCACAUGAUAGUUGUUUCCCUCUCUUAUGGUAGCUGCAUCUUCAUGUACAUUAAGCCUUCUGCAAGGGAAAGGGUGACUUUAAGCAAAGGAGUAGCUGUACUCAACACCUCAGUGGCUCCACUUUUGAAUCCAUUCAUAUAUACCCUAAGAAAUCAGCAAGUGAAGCAAGCCUUCAAAAAUAUGAUUCAGAAAAUUGCCUUUUCCUCAAAUAAGUGA